ACAGUCCCGUGCUAUUGGCCAGGUUGUCUCCCUAAAUAAGCAAUCCCAAUCUUUUGCAUUUGGAAUAUUUGAAAACAUUUUAGCUGUAGUGAAGAAUGUUUCUGCCAAACCAAAUGAGCUGAUUAUAACAACAAAUUUGACUGGUUGUGUAUGCCCUGUGUCUGAUCAGAGCUGGGAAUGCUGGCCUUGAGAACAGGGAGACAUUAGUGACACUGCUGCUGGGAGAGCUGCUGCACACAAGGCUUUUGUCUGAGCUCGGUGUCUGUGCUGCAUCCCUGGGCAGUUCCACCCAGGCUUCUCCCCUGGGACAUCCCCACACUCCUUGUGACAUUCUCAGCUCUUUUCAUACCCAGUGGUAUAAUAAUCCUUCCUCUCUGCAGUAAGUACCUGGAACCAAACCCUCUUUUGGCUUUCCUUGCCCUUCUUCCCUUCUCUUUUUGCACCAAAGGAGUUCUGAAGACAGGUGGGAGUGUUGCUGUUGUGUGGUUGUGAGUAGAGGGUGAGAAGGUGAGAGUGGCUCAGGGAGGAGAGAGCAGCAGCUGGAGAAUGGCUCAGGAGUGAGCUCCCAGUGCCCAAACAUGCCCUGUCUGGCUGUGUUCAGUUUACCAUCCAUGCUUGUGUCUCCUUUCAGGGAUGGAUAAUCAGACAGUGCUGGCUGUGCAGUCCUUACUGGAUGGGCAAGGAGGUGUCACGGAUCCGUCUGCUCCCAAUGUCAACUCCUCGGCCGCCAUCCAGCCCAUGGAUGACGAAGAUGUGUUCCUGUGUGGGAAGUGUAAGAAGCAGUUCAACUCCCUGCCUGCCUUCAUGACCCACAAGAGAGAGCAGUGCCAGGGCAGCGCCCCAUCCCUCUCCUCGGUAUCUCUGGCCACCAACAGCGUGUACACCCCGUCCAUCACCUCGGUGCAGCAGGCUCCCAGUGCUGGCCGGCAGCAAAUCUCUACCUACAUCACGGUUCCCCCAUCACCUUUGAUUCAGACCCUGGUGCAGGGGAACAUCUUGGUCAGUGAUGAGGUGCUGAUGUCAGCCAUGUCUGCUUUUACCUCCUUGGACCAGCCCAUGCCAGCAGUGCAGCCCCCAGUGCAGAGCAGCAUGAGUAUGCACGCUGGGGCUGGCUACCUGUCCCAGCCCCCGCCGCCACCGCC